GUGUUUCAAAGAACCAGGGGCGCUGACCAACUGCUCGUCACCGAGUUCAGCAAUGGCAGCAGGGGCGAGUAGCGGCAGGCUGCUCAGAGCGACCACCGCCAAGGCCUUACACCCUGACGGCCGUCUCCCGUCCUCGUCCUCGGCGGCCUCCGGCCACGCCACCGGCCGGCCGUGCCGCAUCCCGUCUCUAAAGUUCCCGUCCCUUUGGGAGACGACGGCGAGCCACAAGAUGAACCGUGCCGCCGAGCAGAGGGCGGCGCUGAUCACUUUCGGAGCAGCCACCGCUAGCACCGUGGAGGAGAAACGGCGCGGGCUGCGCCUGCCGGGAGAAGCCAACAGCGUAGAACUCCUGCUGCCCCUGGCGUACGAGGUCGCGAGGAGGCUGGUGCUCAGGAAGCUCGGGGCGACGUGGCUGGCGCUGCCGCGGCGGUGCUGGGCCAAGGUCAUCGAGGCCGUCAUCCAUCAGGGCGUCGUCAGGUGCCAGUCGUUCACGCUCAUCGGUGUGGCCGGAUCGCUUCUCGGUUCAGUCCCAUGCUUUCUCGAGGGUUGUGGCGUUGUUGUGGAGUCGUUCCUCUUGCAGUUCCGUGCCAUGUCCCAGGUAGUAGACCAAGCCGAGAUCAUCAAGCUGCUCAUCGAAGCACUAGACAUGUUCCUGAUCGGCACCGCUCUGCUGACCUUCGGCAUGGGGAUGUACGGCAUGUUCUACGGCUCCCAGAGCGCCGUCCAGAAGCCCAUUUACCAGAAGCUCAAGGAAGGGGCGAGGCUGCAGUCCAUCGUGCAGGCCAAGUCGAGGUUCGGCCACGCCAUCCUGCUCCUGCUCCAGGCCGGCGUCCUGGAGAAGUUCAAGAGCGUGCCGCUCGUCACCGGCCUCGACAUGGCCUGCUUCGCCGGGGCGGUGCUCGCCUCCUCCGCCGGCGUCUUCCUCCUCUCCAAGCUCUCGGUGCGCCCGCAGCGAUGCAAGCGCACCUCCUUCGCGUGAAUUUGCAAGAUUCAGAAUUCGCCCUUUUCUUACAAUCUUACAACUAUUCUUAUUGGUUUAACUACUUGAUUAGUUAGCUAUGGUUCAUUUGUUCUUUCAUGUCAGCGAGACUAGAAAUAGUAGAGGAAAACAGCCAAAAAACUGUGAAACUUCGCAUGUACUUUUCACUCACGUGUAGCAAUAUCGAC